AUGCUCUGUACAGUAAACAAUGGACUUGAAUGGGUGUGCAACGGUUGCAAAACGAUCGCUUGCCAGCAUAUAGCCCAAAGUGCUGUCCCCGGAAAGUCACCAAGACUGACGGAGACAAAACGAGGGGAAGAUACGGAUGAAAUGACUGCAGAGGUGGCAGCCAAAACGCAUGCCGAGGUGGUGAAAAAAUCACCCAGCAAACCUGCUCCAGGAGCACGGAAUUCGCAACCAAAGGCUAAAACUGUCAAAUCUAAGCCGAAGACAGUAAAUCCGCGCAUCGCCAAGGGAGCCCAGGGUAUUCUGGAUAACAGCCUGCACCACAUCGAGAGUGAACUGUACAAGUUACGUGCUGAAGUAGCCUCGAUCAAGGCUGUCAGGGUCAAUAGAACUUCUCGGUGCAACACGCUACUGGUCCUCAAUAAAGGGGAACCAAUAAGCAGGGAGUCUAAAACUCGCCCAAUUCCCAAUUCCGGAAAAGUUAGUUAUGCUAUGCACUAA